AUGGCACAAUGGUGGCAGAUCCUCUUGGGAUUGUGGACAGUCAUGCCCACCUUGGCAGGGGACAAGCCGGUCAACGUCUGCAUGAGUGACAAGCACCACAAGCGAGAACCUGGCCCAGAAGACAAGCUCUUCUUGGAGUGCAUGCCCUGGCGGGCCAGUGCCUGCUGCACACUCGCCACAAGCUGGGAAGCCCACCUGGAGGAGUCCUCAUUCUUUAACUUCAGCAUGAUGCACUGUGGACUGCUGACCCCGGCCUGUCACAAGCACUUCAUCCAGGCCAUCUGCUUUCACGAGUGUUCCCCCAACCUGGGGCCUUGGAUCCAGCCGGUGGUCCCGGACAGGCAGGAAGAGCGGGUUUGGGGUGUGCCACUGUGCCGGGAGGAUUGUGAGGGAUGGUGGAAGGAUUGCCACUCGUCUUACACGUGCAAAUCCAACUGGCACAGUGGCUGGGACUGGAGUCAAGGGAAGAACCGCUGCCCAGUCCAGGCGCCCUGCCACCCUUUCCCACAUUACUUCCCCACCCCUGCUGAUCUCUGUGAGAAGGUUUGGAGCCACACAUUCAAGGCCAGUCCUGAGCGCAGGAAUAGUGGACGGUGUCUGCAGAAGUGGUUUGAGCCCACCCAGGGCAACCCCAACGUGGAAGUGGCCCUCCACUUCGCCAGCUCUGCCUCAGCCCAGGAGCUUUCUUACACCCUCUCAGUCUUCUCUCUGUACCUGCUGCUCCAUUCCUGA